AUGAGAGCUGCCAGUGCACGCCAUAAAUGGGACGGGGAGCUCCAUAAUUUCAGCGCCAGCCUCGGAGCCUCCUCUCCAAUGCCAGUGCCAGAUCUUUCUUUACCCACGGCCACGCUGGCUGCUCUGGUCGUCGAAACAUUCAACAUUGGCGCCUUCACCAUACUCUUUGGUGGAUGUCUUUCCUUCAUUUUCACCAAGAGAAUGUCCGACGUCAAUGGAGUUUUAACCCCGACACUCUGCUUGAUUUGGAUUCUUUCGAUUGUGCAUUGGGUGGUUGAUAUUAUUCGAGCUCGAAUAGCCUUCAUUGAUGAUCCCGCAAAUGCUGUCCAAUACCUCACCGAUCCAACUGUACCUCUUGAUGGCGCAAAACUAGGACUAUAUGCAUCAAUUACUAUUGUCGCCGACUUCUUCAUGCUUUACCGUUGCUGGAUGGUAUGGAACCACAAUGUUUAUGCCCUUAGUUUCCCCGUGCUAUGCUGGCUUGCUACUGCUUCAACGGGUUGGGUCGGGACAGCUGAGAUCAUUCGCACUCAGAGGGGAGGCAUCUUCAUUCCCAAUCUCCAGCCUUGGAUCAUCAGCUUCUUUUCGUUGUCUCUCGCCACCAACGUCCUCUGCACACUUCUCAUUGCUUACAAAGUCCUUUUGAGUCAAAUCUAUUUACGCAGAACCGGUACUCAUUCAACGGGAAGAGUAAUCCCUGCACUGAUCAUAUUUCUCGAGUCUGCUGCUCUCUACUCCCUCUCGCUUAUUGCGCUGCUCGUCCUUUAUCAAACAGGACUGAGCAUCUCGUUCAUCAUCCUCGACUGGACCUGUUCCGUCAUCGGCAUCGCGUUCAGCAUCAUCAUCAUCCGUCUGUCCAUCAUCAACUCGCGACUCAGAUCAGCACAGUCCACCACAGCCGCGUCGUUGCCUCCUCUUCACACUCCGUCAAGCGGAAACUACCCGCUUGUCCGCGUUUCUCGUUUGGUCACCAGAGAUGACUGGUCGCACAGACAUUAUUCAGAGAGUGGCAGUGGAGCAGAGGAGGACAGACUGGACCGUAAAACUUCUGAUACAGAUGUAUAG